UGCCCCCCCAAAUUAACAAACCGACCUUCGCUAGAGCGGAGGACUGUAGUGGGUAAAGCCGUCAGAUAUCCUCUAAGAAAUCCAGGGAGCCACCUCCAAUCUCAGAGUUUCAUUCCACCGAGCCAGCCACCUCCUACUCUCACUCUCCUCAUCUCUCCGUUCAGAACUUGAGAUCAAAUUUGAUUCCACCUUCCAGAGUUCCAGGCUCCAGCCACCGAGCCACCUCCCCUUUCAGAGUUUCAGUCCGCCUGAGCAGCUGAGCUACCUCCUCCGCCACCGUCCACCGAGCCACCUCCACUGCGGUCUGCAUCUUUGGAUUCUCUGCGACAGUGCGACUCCUUGAACUCUUGAAGGCUUCAAAUCUUCAAUCCCUGAUGCUCAGAUUCUCAGGUUUGACUAUAGAGACAUAAAAAAAUUUUGCCCACCCCAUUGUCGAAUCCUAGCUACGUCCCUAUCCUUAGGUCACUGGUUCGAAUCCGGCAGCAAUUGGUCUAAUCUCAAUGGCUAACACUUUGAGAUUGUACUUGACCUGCAUACGCAACACUCUAGAUGCAGCAAUGUGCUUGCAGAAUUUUCCUUGUCAAGAAGUUGAAAGGCAUAACAAGCCAGAAGUUGAGUUAAAGACCAGUCCAGAACUUCUGCUAAAUCCUGUUUUGAUAUGUCGAAAUGAGGCUGAAAAAUGCUUGAUUGAGACAUCUAUUAAUUCCCUUCGUAUAAGCCUCAAGGUAAAGCAGGCAGAUGAACUUGAAAACAUACUAACUAAAAAGUUUCUUAGAUUUUUGUCAAUGAGGGCAGAAGCAUUUCAGGUAUUGAGAAGAAAGCCCGUACAGGGUUAUGACAUUAGCUUUCUUAUAACAAAUUAUCACUGUGAAGAGAUGCAGAAGCACAAGCUCAUUGAUUUUAUUAUACAGUUCAUGGAGGAUAUUGAUAAAGAGAUUAGUGAGUUAAAGAUGUCAGUGAACACACGAGGCAGGCUGGUGGCUACGGAGUUUCUUAAACAAUUUAUCUAAUAGUGGAUUACUAAUUGUAUAUGAAUCAUAUGGUAAUUCUAUGCAUUUGAGACAUUGUUAUCCGGGGUUUAUAUUGGUUGAAUGAUCUAUUACAAGCUGUACAACAUUCUUUUGAGUUGACCUUAUUAUGAGAUUCUGUUAUUAUA